UUGUACAGUUGAAAUGGAUUCACCUCUGUCUUUACAGAUACAGUGUGCAGUGUGUUUGAAUGAUUUUACUGAUCCGGUGACUCUCUCUUGUGAGCACUCGUUUUGUCGACAAUGCAUCACAGGCCACAUGCAUGCCAGCCUGGGAUCAAGCGCUUGUCCUGAAUGCAAAAAGCCUUAUAGCAAAGAAGACCUGAAACCAAGCCGUCUACUGAUGAACAUAACAUCGACAGUGCGAGAGCAUCUUUCUGCUGAACGCAAACCAGAUAACGUGAAGAGUCCGACUUCUACAAAUGAAGGACAAGCUCUCAAGCUUCCUGAAACUGAGCUGAUGUGUUCAGAGCAUGAUGAGAAGCUUAAACUUUUCUGUGAAACUGAUCAGAAGCUGGUGUGUGUCAUCUGCAGAGAUGGAGACAAACAUCAAGGACACAUUUUUAAACCAGUAAUAGAGUCCGUUGAGAUCACCAAGAGGGAGCUAAAGACUGCUUUAGGUUUUCUGGCCAAAGAAAACAAACAGUUGGAUAGUAUGAUCCAACAACAGACAUCUGAGAUCACCAAAACUGAGGAGAAAUCCAAAUCCUUAGUAGCUCAGAUCUCUGCUCAGUUUGAAGAAAUGCACCAGUUCCUACGACAGAAAGAGGAAGAGGUGAAGAAACAGUUGAAGAGAGAAGAGAACAAAAUUACUGAGAGCAUGCAGAAGAACCGGUCCAUGAUAGACACAAAGUUUAUGGAGAGCAAAAAGAAAGAAGUUGUUCUGCAGUUAUCAUUGGAGAUUAACCAACCUGAUCUCUUUCUACAGUGGUGGCAUGAAAUAGGAUUUCCUCUGACCAAGGGCAUGAAAGAUAAAGACAGUGUGGCAUCAGAUAUUAAGUACACUUCAAAGCUGAAAGAUCUUACUGUGGUUCCUGACUCUCUCUUCCUUGGCCCCCAAGAAACUCACCUGCAGUUCUUUGUGUGGAAGCAGAUGCUGGGAUCCAUCAAAACAGUUCCUGAGAGUUUGACUCUGAAAAAUCCUGGAGAAUCUUACCUAAUCGUGUCUCCAGGGGGCACCAGAAUCCGUCAAGCUGACAGAAUGUCUGCUCUGUUUAGAGGCUUCAAUCCUGGUACUGUUUCAGAGGAAAACUUUCAGUCUGGUCAGCACUACUGGGAGGUAGAAGUUGGGGAUAAACCAGACUGGACCGUCGGAAUCAUGAUGGGCGAAGUUAAUCUGAAAACAAAGUCAGCUGAAAGUGAGAUUCAGCUUCAUCUUAAACACAAUAAAGGAUACGUCCUGUCUUCUGAUGGACAAGAGACUCCGUUAAAAACCCGGGACAAACCAAGGAAAAUAGGCUUGUAUCUGGACUGUAAGAGAAAGCAGAUAUCUUUCUAUAAUGCUGACAACAUGUCUUUGUGGGCUCAUUGGAAAUACAGCUCAAACAAGCCUUGCUGUGUUAGUCUUGUGCCAGGUCUUUAUCUAGAUGGGGUCAACAGUGACCCUCUCACUAUUUGUACAUAUAGGUCUAACAAAUAACAAACUCUAACAUGCUGCUACAUUGAUUGAUAUAUGGAUCUUACAAUCAGAUUGUGUUUGUGUGGUAAAUUAUGUAAAUCAGUCUUGCAUAAGACCUGUUCAAUACUAAUUGCAAUUAAGUAAUCAAUCACUGCUGUCGAAUCACAACACACUGAACUACACAAUCAGAACUCGAUACGUAUUUCUGAAGGAGGGACUUUAUAGAACAAGGAAGACAUCAACCCGUUUAGGACAGUGGUAAACAGCGGUAUAGAGAUAAUAAAAUUUUGUGAAAAAUACAGUGCUUUUUUACACGUGAAACAUAAACACAUGUUAUAUUGCGCACUGUAAACACAAUCAAAGCUUCAAAAUACAUUUAAAACUGUCCUUUUAAACAUCAGAACUGUGAUGUGUGCAGUGUAGGCCUAUAUGUGACUUAAAGUAUAAUCAUGACUGUGCUUAGUGAAAGUAGUGCACCUAAGGUUACU